AUAAGAAGCACAAAAUAGUGGAGUUGAAAGCUUAGAAGCCCGCUUCCAUCGUUAGACCCUAUUCACACGCUCUCUUACAUUCCAACUCCGAUCAUAGCACAGACACACAACAAUGACACAUAAACUACAUGGUUUUUCUUUUCUGUCAACUACAACACUUCAGCAACGUCUUUCUCUUCUUCUUCUUGCAAUGUUGACAUGAUAAACAACGUGGAUCUCCUUGUUUCUCACCUGAAUUGGGUUUUCAACAACUGAAACAUCGUUUAUCAAUGCAUCUAGUAAUCACUCAUCACAUCCCUGGUUGGUAAAUUCAAUGAAUGGUGGUUUGUGCUAUUAAUGGCAUCUUUAAAACUAUUCACUUCUCGGGGUGCACGUUGUGUAUGAUCAUAUCAUACCCUUUGUCGGCAAAGUAACCAUGGUUAUGAUUGUUCCAAAUAGAGGAGUGCAGGGUGUUGUAAAGCGUUGAAAUAGUGGUUGGAGUACUAUAGCAAUGGCUGAGAGAAAUGGGGCUUCUAGUUCUUCCCUCAAGGUUGUUUCUAGAAAGGCAUUAUUAUUCUUCUUCACAACCACAUCGGUUCUGUUCUUCAUGUCAUGGUUCUUUGUUCUGCGAUCCACGAGUGGUACUCAGUUCAUUGGCAACACCUUGUUGCCCAAUUCAAAGCUUUUAUCAACCUUUGAGGGUUCAAACUCUAAGACGCAGAAGCAAAGUGUUGAAUCCUCAUUUGGGAACCGAGCAAUCCUUGUGGACAGUGAAGAUGUAGAAGUGGCCAGUGAGACAAAGGUAGUGAAACAUGAUGGAGGGAAAUGCAACAGAAAUGAUGAACUUGUUCUCAAGGUUUUCAUGUAUGAUUUACCACCAGAGUUCCAUUUUGGCCUCUUGGAUUGGAAACCAAGUGGAAACAGUGUGUGGCCUGAUAUUAGAAACAAUAUACCUGGCUAUCCUGGUGGCUUGAAUUUGCAACAUAGUAUAGAGUUUUGGCUUACAUUGGACAUUCUUGCUUCAGAAUUUCCUCAUGCCCCCAAGGCUAGGACUGUGAUACGAGUCCAAAACUCUAGUGAAGCUGAUAUUAUAUUUGUGCCAUUUUUUUCAUCUUUGAGCUAUAACCGCUUCUCCAAAGGCACCUCGCUUGGAAAGAAGAGCAGGAACAAGAUUCUGCAAGAAAAGUUGGUGAAGUAUUUGACAGCUCAAGAGGAAUGGAAGAGAUCAGGGGGAAAGGAUCAUUUGAUAUUGGCUCACCAUCCCAAUAGUAUGGUGGAUGCAAGAAUGAAGCUGUGGCCUGCUACAUUCAUUCUUUCAGACUUUGGGAGAUAUCCUACAAAUAUAGCUAAUGUUGAAAAAGAUGUUAUUGCACCUUAUAAACAUUUAAUCAGUUCCUAUGUCAAUGACAACUCCGACUUUGAUAGCCGUCCAACAUUGCUGUACUUCCAAGGAGCAAUAUAUAGAAAAGAUGGAGGAUUAGCCAGGCAAGAGCUAUUCUAUCUUUUGAAAGGUGAAAAAGAUGUGCAUUUUUCCUUUGGGAGUAUUCAGAAAGAUGGAAUCAAGAAAGCAACAGAAGGCAUGCGUGCUUCCAAGUUCUGCCUCAACAUUGCUGGUGACACCCCUUCAUCAAACCGUUUGUUUGAUGCAAUUGCUAGUCACUGCGUCCCCGUCAUCAUCAGUGAUGCAAUUGAGCUACCAUAUGAAGAUGUCAUAGACUACUCUGAGUUCUGCAUAUUUGUUCGUACUAGUGAUGCCAUCAAAGAACAUUUUCUAAUAAACUUCAUCAGGGGUAUUGGCAAAGAAGAGUGGACAAGAAUGUGGAACAAGUUGAAAGAGGUUGAACAUUUCUUCGAAUUUCACUUCCCUGCUAAGGAAAAUGAUGCUGUUCAAAUGAUUUGGCAGGCUGUGGCACGUAAGGUUCCUGCUAUGAGAUUUAAGUUAAAUAGGUCUGGGAGGUAUUCUAGGUCCCCUGCUGUUACAGACAAAGGACUAAAAUCAAUACCUACACCAAAGAAUUUUUGGUGAAAAAUAUGCUAUUGAUCUGGAUUUGAAAAAUGUCAUAGUUUUGUUUACAUUUAGAAUUGUGAUAACAUUUCUUACAUCUGGACAUUGACAUUGUAACAUUUUAUUUUUUUUGUUAUUAUAAGGUUCUCACUUCUUACUUUGA